UAGAUUUCUUAUUACAACAUAGAAUCUUGAACAAGACUCGACGGUACUGAAGAGGCUGAGGAAGAGCUGGGAAAAAUGGGGGAGCCUUUCCCAACUUGCAGUUCAUGAUGAGGAUUUUCUCUGCCGCAAACUCAAAGUCACAACGGCACAACGCUAUCUGAUAUCACUAUGCGUGGUAUUUCAAGAGCUUCACACUCUUAUUCACCUUUCUCACCGGAUGGCCUUUUCUGCAAUUUCAGCUCCGGCGACCAAUCUCGUCGCCGCUCGCAAAUUCCCGAAGGUCCACCAACCCCACUCUCUCCCCGCCUCCGCCACCCACAACGCCGCCGGUUAUAGCAGCAGCCGUGGCGGCACUGUCAUCAUUAAUAGUAGUGAUCCCAAGUGGAGGGCCAAUGUAUCUUCAUUCCCAUCUUUCUUUAAUUUUUACAAAACAAAAGACCCAAAAGCCAUUAAAGAAGAGCUCUUUGAGGCACUUGCGCCCCUAGAUCGUGGGGCGGAUGCGUCUCCUGAAGACCAAGAUCAGAUUGAGCAGAUUGUUAGGAAGCUGGAAGCGGUCAAUCCUACAAAACAGCCUCUGAAGUCUCCUUUCUUAAAUGGAAAGUGGGAACUUUUGUAUACAACUUCACAAUCAAUACUCCAAACAAAUAGACCAAAGUUCUUAAGAUCAAGAACAAACUACCAAGGGAUCAACAUUGACACCCUUCGAGCACAAAAUAUGGAAUCUUGGCCCACCUUCAACCAGGUGACAGCAGAUUUAACUCCAAUAAAUGCAAGAAAGGUGAAUGUAAAGUUUGAUUACUUCAAAAUUGUAGGGCUGAUACCAAUAAAAGCUCCUGAAACAGCUCGUGGGUCACUGGAUAUUACUUACUUGGAUGAAGAAAUGAGAGUAUCAAGAGGUGAUAAAGGCAACCUCUUCAUUCUGAAAAUGGUGGACCCCUCUUACCGGGUUCCUCUGAAAUAGCCACCAUGAAGAGAGAUCUUUCCUCUAUAUGUGUGUAUGUGUGGAGCCUAGUUAGGGUCAAAUCCUAAUUAGGUUAUGCUAACAGGUGAUUAAUUUGGAUGAAAGUUGACCUGACAAAGAGGAAUAAUAAAGUGGAGCAUUUGGAUCUUUAUAUUGUAAAAUUUGGGACAUUAAAUUAGUUAUCUCCACAUAUUGUUCAAAAGUACAGAAUUGAUACAAAUAAUGGUGGUAUGAAUCAUCAUAUCCAAA